AUGAUGUCCAGAUCGUAUACAAACCUGCUGGAUCUGGCGUCGGGAAACUUCCCGGCGGCGGGCGGCGGCGGGCGGCGCCGGCUGCCGCGGGUCAUGACGGUACCGGCGAUCGUCUCUGAGCUCGACGACGAGCAGGCCAACAGCGUCUCCUCCGACGCCGCCUCGUCCUCCUCAGCCGGCACCGACCGCAUGAUCAUCGUCGCCAACCAGCUCCCCGUCGACGCCGAGCGCCGCCGAGACGGCGGCGGCUGGAGCUUCUCCUGGGAUGAGGAGUCCCUCCUGCUCCAGCUCAAGGACGGGCUACCGGAGGACACGACGGUCAUCUACGUCGGCUCUCUGCGCGUCGCAGUCGACCCCGGGGAGCAGGAGAGCGUCUCCCAGGCCCUGCUCGAAGGCUUCAGGUGCGUCCCCACCUUCCUCCCCGACGCCAUCUUCAGCAAGUUCUACCACGGCUUCUGUAAGCAGCAGCUAUGGCCACUCUUUCACUACAUGCUCCCCGUGGCUGCCGCCCGCGGCGGCCGCUUCGACCGCUCCCUCUGGGAGGCCUACCUCGCCGCCAACAAGAUCUACUCCCAGAAGGUGAUCGAGGUGAUCAACCCAGAGGAGGACUACGUCUGGGUCCACGACUACCACCUGAUGGCGGUGCCCACCUUCCUCCGCCGGCGCUUCAAUCGCCUGCGCAUGGGCUUCUUCCUCCACAGCCCCUUCCCCUCGUCGGAGAUCUACCGGGCCCUCCCCGUGCGGGAGGAGAUCCUCAAGGCACUGCUGAACUCGGACCUCAUCGGGUUCCACACCUUUGACUACGCCCGUCAUUUCCUCUCCUGCUGUAGCCGCCUGCUCGGGCUGGAGUACCAGUCCAGAAGGGGAUACAUCGGCCUGGAGUACUUCGGGAGGACGGUGGGGAUAAAGAUCAUGCCCGUCGGUGUCCACAUCGGGAAGCUCGAGUCCGCGCUGAAACUCACCGGGGACGAGCGGGGGGUGGAGGAGCUCCGCCGUGAGUUCGAAGGGAGGACGGUGCUCCUCGGCGUGGACGAUCUGGACGUCUUCAAGGGGAUAAACUUGAAGCUCAUGGCGUUCGAGCAGCUGCUGAAGACCCACCAUGGCUGGCGGGGAAGGGCCGUGCUCGUGCAGAUCGCGAACCCCGCCAGAGGGAGAGGGCGAGAGCUCGAGGGUAUCCAGGGGGAGAUCGCACAGACGUGCCGGAGGAUCAACGAAGCUUUCGGCGGGGAAGGUUACAGACCCGUCGUGUACAUCGACCGCCAUGUCUCCCUCGUGGAGAGGCUCGCCUUCUACACCAUCGCCGAGUGCCUGAUCGUCACGGCAGUGAGGGACGGGAUGAACCUCACGCCGUACGAGUACAUCGUCUGCCGGCAAGGGGUCGCCGGCGAGGGUAGGAAGAAGAGUAUGCUGGUGGUGUCGGAGUUCAUCGGCUGCUCGCCUUCUCUGAGCGGGGCGAUCCGGAUCAACCCCUGGUGCGUGGAGUCCACUGCAGACGCCAUGAGGGAGGUGAUCGCCAUGAGCGACGCGGAGAAGCAGCUCAGGCACGAGAAUCACUACAGAUAUGUCAGCACCCACGACGUGGCCUACUGGUCGAGAAGCUUCCUGCAGGACCUGGAGAGGAGUUGCAGAGACCACUUCAAGAAGAAGUGCUGGGGGAUCGGCCUGGGCUUCGGGUUCAGGGUGGUGGCGCUGGACCCGAGCUUCAGGAAGCUCGACAUAGCCGGCCUGGUGUCGGCCUACAGGAGGACGAGGAACAGGGCCAUCUUGUUGGACUACGACGGGACCGUGAUGCCGCAGGCCACCAUCAACAAGACGCCGGGGAAGGAGGUCACCUCCAUCAUGAACGAGCUAUCUGGAGAUGAGAACAACGUCGUCUUCAUCGUGAGCGGGAGGGGCACAGAGAGCCUGGGUGAAUGGUUCUCUCCUUGUCCGAAGCUGGGGAUUGCGGCGGAGCAUGGCUACUUCAUGAGGUAGAGCUCUACCUUCUCCCUCGUUUAGCUCGGAGCAUCGAUGCUCAUGUCGCCGCGUUGACCUAGUUUCACUUAUCUCACGGCAGAUCAGCACAUUAUAUACUUAUGGGCUUCUGAAUUUCUUCCGAGUUCAUCCUGCUCGAAUCACGGCUACCAUAAACCUUCAAGCUUGGCAUUUACAGGCGGAGCAGAGACGAAGGAUGGGAAACCCAGGGGCAGAUUACGGACUCUGGUUGGAUUAGGAUUGCGGAACCAGUGCUGAAGCUGUACACCGAAGCGACAGAUGGCUCCUCAAUCGAGACGAAGGUGUGCGGUCUGGUGUGGCACCACCGGGACGCAGAUCCCAACUUCGGAUCAUCUCAGGCGAAGGAGCUGCAAGGUCAUCUGGAGAGCGUUCUCGCCAACGAAUCCGUGGAAGUCAAGCGAGGCCAGUUCAUCGUCGAAGUGAAGCCCCAGGUGUGCCCCCAAUCCCCCUAAACCUCUGAAAACUAAACCAUGGGAGAUACGCCCGAGUAGACCAGGCUCCUUUCUUUCCUUCUUUCUUCUGAAACAUUGAAUGAUGUGAUUCUGGGUUGCAGGGUAUCAGCAAAGGCCUGGCGGCGGAGAAGAUCCUGUCGUCGAUGAGAGGCGGCGGCAGGCAGGCCGACUUUGUGUUGUGCAUCGGCGACGAUCGGUCCGACGAGGAGAUGUUCCAGAGCAUCGAUUCGAUAACCGCCGGUGCGGUCUCCUCAGGCGGAACCAUCUUCGCCUGCACCGUCGGGCAGAAGCCGAGCAAGGCCAAGUACUACUUGGACGACACAACCGAGGUCCUGGCAUUGCUCAGAGCUCUAGCCGAAGCCUCCGGCAAUCCGCCGUCUUCCUCUCUCCCGGAUGACGAGGCCUCAUCCUCCUCCCCCGCCGGAGAGCUAGCUGAUUCAGAUCUCGAAAACCGCCGCCGCUGA